CACCAGGUAAAUUUUUUUACACAACGGAUAUUGGUUUUCGUGGACUGGCUACCUUGUGCAACCGGAAGUCAACCAUGAACCCUGACCGUCGGCUCCAGAAGUUCCUGGGAUUCUGGGAACUGAAGACCUCCAAGUUCUACAAAGCGGUGGCAGCCGAGUUCGUGGGCACCGCCAUCUUGAUGGUGUCCGGCAUCGGGGCCUACACGACGAUUGGCGAGGGCGUCCCCGUCCACCCGCUCGUGUCCGCCGUCUGCUUCGGCAUGACGGUUGCCAUGGUUAUCUGGACCUUCAAUCACGUGAGCGGUGCGCACAUUAACCCAAGCGUGACCUGGAGCUUCAUGAUCACGGGACACAUUAGUCUAGUCAAGAGCAUUGCAUUCGUGCUAGUACAGUGUGCUGGCUCUAUAGCUGGGUGUGCCAUAGUGUGGUACAUGGUGCCUGAGAAGUGGAGGGGACAGAUGGGGAGCACUGUGUUCGCUGAAGGCCUAACUGUUGGACAGGGUUUUGCCAUUGAACUGAUUGCUACCUUCAUUCUGGUGUUGGGGGUGUUCGCUAGCAGCGACCAGAACAGGACCGACCACGGGGGUUCUAUGCCCCUGACUGUAGGGCUUAUCGUGUUCAUGCAGAGCGCCUGGGCCGGCCGGCCUACAGGCUGUAGUAUGAACCCCAUCAGGACCCUGGGACCUGCUGUUGUUGCUGACGUGUGGGACCAUCACUGGCUAUAUUGGGUUGCCCCAACAGUCGGAGGCUCCCUCGGGGCGUUGUUUUACCAGUACAUCCUAGCAGAAAAGCCCGUGGGGUCCGGGGCGGAGUGUGCACUACUGAGGCUGUGUGGCAGCAGGACGGGGAGUGCAGACUUCACCAGCCCGACCGUCACCCUGGCUAAAGACACCAGCGAGAAGGGAUUUAUCGGCUAUAAGGAGCCGCUCAAGAGGGACAGCGUUAUCUUAUACACGUGAUGCAUGUUUUAUGUGGUACCAGCCUUAGGGAUCGUGCACAUAUUUCAUAACGCACAAAAGGGGACAGUGUGUCAUUGCAAGGAAUUGUGUAUUUUUUCCCAUUUUUAUUAUUUUUGCUGUGGUUAAUGUACAAUCUCAAUGAACCACGUAUCUCAACUGAUAAUAUUAUACCCUUUUGUUAGUUAAUACAUUGAAAUUAUACUAUAUUUUGAUACUUUUUUUUGUACAAAGUAAUUAUUUUCAUCUAUUAUAAAUAAUAUUCUACACAACUAAAUAAAAAUGCAUUUGUUUUUUCAAAGAGUUGUGGCCUUGUUUUUAUUAACGUUCUGAAAGAUAGGCUUACACAUAGACGUUAGAAGAUAAGCUAACACAAAGAGAUUUCAGAAGAUAAGAUUUACACACAGACACUAGGAAAAAAAGCUGACACACAGUUAUUGAUCUAGGGGAAGUAAUUAAUAUUCUGACCAAUAGCUCUUGCUCUUUGGUAAUAUUAUUUUGUCAUACAUUUGUAUGUUGAAGUAACAGCAUAUAAAUUAUAAUAAAUAUGGUAGCUGAAGUUAUGACAAUUUAAAUACAUUGACAUUAGUCGUAGUUAUAGUGUUUAUUGCAGAUAGCUCUGGUGGAAGAUGAUACUGAUUAAAACAUUAAAUUGUAAUUGUUGUCUCCCUUUAAUGUUUCUUCACAUUACUAUUUUUAUAACAAAACAAUAUUAAAGAAUUUAGCUCAAUACACGUUUUUUAAGCUAAAGUGUGAUAAUGUAAGCAAAUAUAUCAAAUUAAUUUUGAAAAACAAAAUUUGGAAAAUCUACUUCUAUUUAUAAAAUUUGUGUUUAAAAUUUUCUCUUGUAUAAAUUACUUGUCAAUGAAGAUGUACUGUUGAAAACAAAUGUAAAUAUAUAGAUGUCCAUUUGUACUUUAAAUAAAGUGUAUUUAUCAAAU